CCGUCUUUCUCGAGCACGUCAACCCGAGGUUCGUCUACUCGAAGGGUAUAGAAGUCCUUUGGAUGAAGGCUUCCCUCCAGAUUAUUAUUAUGAAAGUGGAGAGAAGCUACCAAACAAUGGGGAAGAUAUUGUUGAUAUUGACAAUAAUAAUAAUGGUGAUACAAGUUCUUCAUCUAAUACAUUGCCUUUAUGCCAAAAAGAAUGUUUAG